AUGGUCAACAAUCAACAUAUAUGUGGUGAAUGUGAUACACCAGUAACAUUAAGUGAUACCCUACGUCGACUAAAUGAGUCUCAAUUGAAGCUAUUAAUCAAUACAACCCAAAACAAGGAAUUUCAAAAAGCAGAUAAUGAACGACUAAAUGACCUUAAUCCAUCAGAUUACUUGACAAAAGAGAAAUUAGAUUUGUAUAACCAGUUACCGAGAAAUGCUAAACCAAUGUAUAUCAAGAGUUAUUUUGAAAGUGAGGACGAAGAAGACGAUGAGGAUGAUAAUGAUGAAGAUCAAGAAGAAGAAGAAGAAGAUGAUGAUGAUGAUGACAACGACGACGAUGAUGAUGGAACUCAUGGUGCCUUUCGGAGUACGCGCUCAAAUUCCAAUACAAACUCAGAUACCAACUCGUACCUAGUGGUUAGCGAAAAUGAUGAUUUGGAAGAAGCAAAUGGCGUGCAAGAGGGCAAUAGAGCUACAUCCAAUAUUAAUAACCUCGACUUAGAAGACGAGGAAAACUAUGAAAUCAAAAUUUCUAGCAGAAUAAAAACAUUAAACAAGAUAUUUCGAAUUUUGUCAAACACUCAGGAUAUUGAUCACCCACUAAGCGAAAAUUGUGCAAACUUGCUCAUUGAAAAUUAUAAAUUGAAAUUUGACCAAAGUCAAAAGGAGAAAGAGCAAUAUUUGUCAUUUCUCAAAAAGUUAAAGUUGCAAGAUUCUAAACUUAAUUUACACGAUGAGCAAGGCCACGUCCGUACUAGCUUUGGCGAUGACGAGCUGCUUGAUAACAACUUGAAACAAACCCUUGAAGAGUAUAAAUUAUUAACGCAAAAGGAACAAGACGGUUUGCAAGAGCUAAAGAAAUUGGAAAGUACCAGAACUCAAUUAGAGCAACAAAUCUCCAAAAGCGAAAAUGAACUAGAAGAUAUCAAAACAUCUCAACUAGACAAAAUUAUGCGGCUACGAAACGAGCUACAAUUGAACAUUCUGGAUAAACAGACCAAACUUGAUCAAUUAAAAGCAUCGUACCAGCUACAUUUAAAUCAUAUUGAUGAGCUACGAAAUUUCAACAUCUACAAACUAAUGUUUGAUAUCAACUUAGAUGAGAAAUACGGUAUGAUCAAUGGACUUCGAAUAGGAUACAAGAUUGUUUGGCCCGAGGUGAAUGCUGCAUUGGGUCAAAUUUCGCUUCUUGUUGCGUUUAUAUUGAGACGAUUGCAUUUAAAGCUCGAGGCAUACAAAUUAGUUCCCAUGGGCUCACAAUCACACAUUGUCAAGUUCACCAAACACGAGGACGGAUCGAGAAGCAAAAAGAUUUUGAAUCUUUACUCUUCAGAUGAGUUUACGCUCGGUAGAUUGUUCAAUUUCAAUAAGAUGGAUGUGUCAUUAAUUGCUUUGUUGGAGAUCUUGAGUAUAAUAAGUAUAAAGCUACGCGAGUUGGAUACAGAUAUUGAGUUGCCAUAUAAGAUCAAGAACGAUUCAAUUGGUGGUAAGAGUAUACGAGUAACUUCCAACUCGGAAUGGACUCAAAGCUGUAAGCUUUUACUAACAAAUUUGAACUGGAUGCUAAUUUUUGUGCAAGCACAUACCAGCGGUCCCGAUGGUUCUGCCUAA